AUGGAAUAUAAUGAUUCGAGAACAAAAGACAACAAAAAGGAGCUCGAAAAAGAAUUCGAGGAAAUUGAAAGUGAAACAAAACUCACUGAUAUCAUAGCAAGAGCAAAUGAAAUGAUAUUCAAGCUAGAAGCGAGAGCCACAGAAGCAACAAAUCAAGCUGAUAAAUUCGCAAGGAAGUUGGGAAUAAAAUUACAUAGAAAACAACCAAUAGUAACGCAUCUUGAAGAUGCAAAUAAUCGAUCGCCACAAACGGGAAGUGCCAGAACGGGAACAGAUCAAAAUAAUGACGAAACCUUCAGCCCAGAUGACGUAAUACAGAGGAUCAUUCUGAUACUAGCAGAAAUGCGAUCGAAGAAGAGUUCAUAUGUAGAAUUCUCAAACCAAGUCAAAUGA